AUGAGAGGUGAAUUUAAUGGUUUGCAAAGAAAGAUCUUAGAUGAAAACCCUUAUGCUUUCUAUGUCCAUUGUUAUGAUCACCGCUUGCAAUUGGUGAUUGUGUCCGUUGCUAGUAGUUUCUCAUCUAUUAAUGAUUUCUUUGAGUACAUCUCCUUGAUUGUAACAACAUCUAGUACAUCUUGCAAGAGAAGGGAUGCUUUGACGGAGGCACAACAUAAAGAUAUUUUGCAUAGACUUGAGAGUGGUGAGAUAUCUACAGGAAGGGGCUCGCACCAAUCAUCUACUCUCGCUAGACCCGGGGAUACUAGGUGGGGUUCACAUCAUACUACCUUGCUUCGUCUGGAUCAGAUGUGGUCCUCCGUGUUAGUGGUGCUUAGUAUGGUUCAUGAAGAUGGACGUGGACCAUCUCAAGCGGCGGGUUUGAUAGAAAAAAUGGAGAGCUUUAAAUUUUCUUUCAUUUUGAAGUUAAUGUUAAAGUUGUUUGGUAUCACAAACAAGCUUUCAAAAAUCUUGCAAAGAAAAGAUCUUAAUAUUGUGCUUGCCAUGGAAUUAAUUAAUGUUGUCAAAACUCGGUUGGCCACAUUGAAAGAUAGUGGUUGGGAUAAUUUAUUUGUUGAUGUACAAGAAUUUUGUGUUGCUAAAGGUAUUCCAGUGUCAAAUAUGGAUGAAGAAAUACCGGUUCGAGGUCGUUCAAGAUUAGAAGGGAAGACUGUUACUAAUCUUCACCAUUACCGGGCCGAGAUUUUUUAUGUUGCUAUUGACAAAAUAUGUGUGGAGAUGGAUCAUCGCUUUAGUGAAGGAAGUAACAUUGUGCUUAAUUGCUUCUCAUGUCUUGACCCUAAGAACUCUUUCUUCAAGUUUGAUGUUGAUAAACUUGCUCGUCUUGCUGAUAUAUAUCAUGCAGAUUUUUCUGAUGAUGACCAUGGAACAAUAAGGGAGCAGCUUGAGACUUAUGUACUUCAAGUGAAAAGGCAUGCUUCCUUUUCUUCUUGUGAAGAUGUUCAAAGUUUGGCUAUGAAGAUGGUUCAAACUGAGAAACAUUUGGUAUUUUCAUUGGUCUACAAACUCAUUGAGUUGGCUUUGAUAUUGUCAGUGUCGACAACAUCCGUUGAAAGAGCUUUUUCAGCAAUGAAGAUUAUCAAGACUAAAUUGCGCAACAAGAUCAACAGUGUGUGGUUAAAUGACUUGAUGAUAUGUUACACCGAGCGGGAGAUAUUCAAGUCACUUGAUGAUGUUGAUAUUAUUCGAACAUUCACCGAAAAGAGGUCUCGAAAAGGGCAUUUACAAGCGAACAGACCAUUGAAACAUGGUUGGAUUUUUUGA